UCCGUGGAGAUCCCAUCCCAUCCCUCCCUCCACAUACAUGCUCACAUCCUCCAUUGACACGUCACUACCAUCACCCCAGCCCAGCCGCGGUCACCGCCCCCCGCCACCGCCAUGGACCACGACCACCUCAAGGACCGUCUCCUCCUCCCGUCCUCCCGCGCCGCCGCCGCCGCCUCGGCGAACGGGCCCCACCACCGCCGCGCCGCGCCCGCGCCCGGCGCCGGAGGCGGGGCGGGCGGCGUGUCCAUCGACGUCAACGGCCUGAAGCGGCGCGGUGGCGGGCGGCGCUCGUGGGUGCGCGUGGACGCGGCGACGGGCGCCGCGGAGGCGGUCGAGGUCGCCAAGCCGGCGCUGAUGCGGCGCCUGGACCUGCCCGCGCGCGACCUCCGCCUCCUCGACCCGCUCUUCGUCUACCCGUCCGCCAUCCUCGGCCGCGAGCGCGCCGUCGUCUGCAACCUCGAGCGGGUCCGCUGCAUCAUCACCGCCGACGAGGCGCUCGUCCUGCGCGAGCAGGACCCCGCGGGGGGCGCCGCGGCGGAGGAGGCCGUGCGGAGGUACGUCGACGAGCUGCAGCGGCGCCUCGUGGACCGCGCCGACGACCUGCCGUUCGAGUUCAUCGCUCUGGAGGUCGCGCUCGAGGCCGCCUGCUCCUUCCUGGACUCGCAGGCUAUCGAAUUAGAGGCUGAAGCUUACCCAUUACUAGAUGAGCUGACAGCAAAAAUCAGCACCCUCAACUUGGAACGUGUCCGGCGCCUAAAGAGCAAGCUGGUUGCAUUGACAAGGAGAGUCCAGAAGGUCAGAGAUGAGAUAGAGCAGCUCAUGGACGAUGACGGUGAUAUGGCUGAAAUGUAUCUCACUGAGAAGAAAAUGAGGAUGGAAGCAUCCCUGUUAGAUGAUGAGGACCUUCAGGGAAUUGGCAAUAGUCAUAAUGGGUUCAGUGCAUCUCUCUCAGCUCCAGUUUCACCUGUUUCAACACCCCCUGCAUCCCGGAGGCUUGAGAAGGAAUUCAGUUUCGCCAGAAGCAGGCACAGCAGCUUCAAGAGCUCAGAUAGCAGUCAGUACAACAUAGAAGAACUGGAAAUGUUGUUGGAAGCCUACUUUGUUGUCAUCGAUUACACCCUCAGCAAGUUAACUUCGCUGAAGGAGUAUAUUGAUGAUACAGAGGAUUUUAUCAGCAUACAGCUGGAUAACGUCCGGAACCAGCUGAUCCAGUUCGAGCUGCUCCUGACCACCGCCACAUUCGUGGUGGCCAUCUUCGGCGUGGUCUCGGGAGUUUUCGGCAUGAACUUUGAGGUCGCCCUGUUCAAGGUGCCCCACGCGUUCGAGUGGACCCUCGUCAUAACAGGGGUCUGCGGCGCCGUCGUGUUCGGCUCCUUCCUCUGGUACUUCAGGAAGAGGAGGAUUCUCCCCUUGUAGAUGGAAAGCUCUCAGGCCAGGUGUUCCUUCUAUUCUCUUUCUCCCUGCCGCCGCUGUGCCGAAGUGGCAUCUUGCAGGUUGGUCACGGCAAUUGUUGGACCUGGUUUGGUUCUCUUCCUUAUUAUUUUUAGCACCCGUCACAUCGAA